AUAGUGCAUUGACCUAAAACGUAGUGGCUGUACUUUGGUAAAUGCGGUAGAGUCCCGACUGUCGCAUGUUAGGCCAACAUUCUUUCUACCAGGUUUCUUUGUGGGAUAAAGUAGAUAUUUUGCCCGUUAGUGUACAUUUCAAGUCAAGAGAUUGCAACUACAUUCACUGUAUUGCAAAUUGUAUAUUUAAAAGUAAAGGUCGAACGGCGAAUACCGUCACAAAAUGUCGAAGUUGGAUCAAAUACUUGAGAUUGAUCCUCCAAACGAGUUGAGGUUCAGAGGUCCUUUCACUGAAGUGGUAUCCUCUGAACUGAAGCUGAGCAAUCCCUCAGAGAAGACGGUUUGUUUCAAGAUCAAAACCACAGCCCCUCGGCGGUACUGCGUCAGGCCCAACAGUGGCAUCGUCCAGCCAAAGGAGUCUGUCAAAGUCUCGGUCAUGCUACAGCCAUUUGAAUAUGAUCCCAAUGAGAAAAACAAACAUAAGUUCAUGGUGCAGUCGCUCAUUGCACCGCCGGGCGAAGUCAAUCAAGAAGAAGUGUGGAAGACACAAGAGAGUAGUGCUCUGAUGGACACCAAGCUAAAAUGUGUAUUUGAGCUGCCCGCCAGUCAAGCCACACAAGCUGCCUCUGUGGUAGAACCUGGCAGCGGUGGUAAACCGGCCAAAGCAGAGACUCAAGGGAAGACGGCGGAGAAGGACCUGGAGUCAGUGCUGGAGGAAUGUAGGACGCUCAGACAGGAAGUCAGUAAUCUGAGGACAGAGAACUCAAGCCUAAGAGACGGGGUGCGACAGCGUAGGGCCGGCGGUGACAGCCAGAUGACGUCAGUGCAGCCCUCCAUCACGGAGACCCGUGUCAACAACAUGCCCUCGGUGGUGGCCCUGGUCGUGGCCAUUCUGGUUGGAAUCAUCAUCGGCAAGGUCAUCCUGUAAACAAAGAAACAAACAAAGAAAACAAAUGCUCAUUUACGCCAGCAGGCUAAUGGCCCGCAGUCUGUUGAAUCUCUCUGCUUUUCAUUCGCCGAUUCGGGGAAAAAACCAAGACAGGGGACCAAUCUGACUGGGGUGGGGUGGGAAAUGGGAGGGGAAGAAACUUGUCAGCAGAUCACUUGAUAAGCAGAUAACUUGUGCCAGCGGUUUCCUGUAAUUAUAACUAAACUCAGCAGAUAACACUGCAACACGAGUAUUCAGUUGCAUGUAAGAAAUAAUAACUAAAAUACCCUGAAGACUCUGGUAUAUUUCCAUAUUUGCAUUGUGACCCAAUACUGUGUCGAUGUGAUUCAAAGCUCUCCCAUGAUUGGUGUAAAAAAAACAACAAAAUUUGUGAUGAAGCAGGUUGAAAUUACAUUUGAUUUAUAAAGAGAAAAAAAAUUAAAAUAAGCACAGGCGUCAUGUUUAUAAAAGGGGAAAAUGGAUCGGAUUUGUUGGUUAUUGGUAAAAGUGGUAUGCAAUAUAAACAACAUCAAUGACUAGUGGAGCACUGGGGUAACUAUGUGUCAACUGUCAAUUUCCAAAUCUGAAAGUUCCGACUUUUUUCUUACAACCAAAAGAAACUGGCUCUCAAUUUUGGCCUCACGCUGAACAAUUUGAUGCAUCUGUAGCAGAAAGCAGACUAAAUUCACCAAACUGAAGCCAAAGACCCGGAGACGCAGUUUGGAAAACAUGGCAUAGUAUAUUGGGGGGAAAAGGCGGUGAUUUGUGAAGACGUAAUGCUUUUGAAACUUUUGGAUCACUUACACCCCGGGAUCGUUGUUUUCUUCUCCAUAAAGUGAUGCUCUGGAAUGUGCAUAUGUGGAAAAUCUGAGGGACAAUACAAGUUAAUUUUACGGAAGAUUUGUUAAACCUCCUAACUGCACUGAUAUAAGCUGUCAUGAAGUGGAAUUCUCAGCCUUUUCACUGUUGUCUUGCCUUCCAAGUUCCUCUGGAAUCGACGGGGAGGUUUGGAGGGAUUUCUAACAGACUUUGCCAAAGAUACAGCUUAGCGCUGUAUCUCAGGUUGAAAGAUUAGAUACUAUGGCAGGAAUGCAGUGAUGAGUUUUGCACACUGGCAAAUCUCCUAGACUUGGGAAGGUUGUUUGUAAUUGUAUAAAGGGGUGGCGUGGGUCACUUACUUGUCCGAGGUUUGUGUCCCAUUAAAAAAAUGUUCUGAAACUCCUCAAUUUAAUGGUGAGAAUGGCUGUGCAGAAUGCUACAUGGAUUCAUGGAUUUAGCAAAAUGAUCUCCUCACAGCUGCCAGAUCCAACAACUGAAUUUGUAUUAUUAAACAAAUCUAGCAUAGACCCAAGGGUGCGUCUGGUAAAAUGGGCAUUUCUUUAUGUAAACUUUCUAUGGCCUUUCCGAAGGAUGAGGCUAAGUGUGGGGGCUUUUUAAAAGGUUUUGGAAGAAAGGCAGGUUGAAUUAAUGAAAACAAAUAGUGUUAUCUUUCAUUUUGCAAAGACAAUUGGGGGAAGAGAGGGCACCAAUCCACCUGCGUGUAGGCACCUGACCUUAUACCCUUCCAUAAUGGGUUUGGCAUCGAGGUACAAAGAAGUCUAAGAAAGUGGGCUGGGGAUUCUGUCCUGUUGGAUUUCAGUGAAUGGAGGAUGGCUCCCGGUCAAAAUAUCCCGUGGGUUUAGGGUCAGUAGUUAAUUCUGCAGUCUUUCAUCUUUGUACAUUUUCUUUUGAUUGUUCAAACCCAAAAAACUAAGGCUCGUGUACGUGUACAAGAUGGUCAAUUGAAAAAGAACUUCAUUGUUCAGCCUUUAUUGUAUAAUUGUGUCUCACUGUUUCCCCUCCCCCCCUUCAUAGUACAGUUGUGAAGCCUGAAAGCCGCCGUGGAAUAUGGUAAUUUGUGUUAGUUUUUGUGUUACUUCAAACUUCCUGUCAUGAUGUAAUGCAGCUUGCUUUGGAUGUGGCCGGUAACAUGUGGCGAGUGUGUGGUCACAUGGAUCCAUGUUGGCAGCUUCGUGCUCGAAAAAUUUUGUCAACAAUAUUGCAUUUGGAAAUUAAAUCUGUGAAUCGCUGAAUUAUUUUGUAUAGUGCUGUGGGAAAAAAAGGGUCGUGUACUAAACGGGGGAAAAGUUGUUUUUAUCCUAACUUUUUUUUUGGGGGGGCUGUUCACAUUUGAAACAUGCCAAAUCUGACUUUCAAAAGCUUGUUAGAUAUAUCAGUCGUCUUUGCCUUAUAGUGAGAGCCGCCAUUGGACAAUGUCCAAGUGCAGACACUAUUGUAGACUCUUUGUGAGACAUUGAUUCCCAAGCCCUGUGGCUCAUUUAUAAUGUACUCAGUUCUCAUCCUGGGAAGUAGUUCUGGCGAAAUUUUGAAAGUGCUGCCAAUUUCAAAAUGGUGUAUCUCGGCCUGUGUUGUUUCAUUACUGGAAUGGUGUCCAAGGAGAAUAUGCUUUGGCAAAUUAAGUAAAUGUUUGGUGUGUUCAAAUAGUGCUGUAGAAUUAAAACCACCCAACCCGUCUGCGAAAAUCCAAGAUUUAAGGCAUACUAUGUAGGCAUUGAUGUGUGGAAAAUGCAAGACUUUAUUAUUGUCCUUAUCAGACCUUCACUUGCUUACCCAAAUGCAUCUGGUCUCACUUGUAACUUUGCACGGCUUUAGGUAGGAGAGUUUAGGCACCAAUCCCCUAUGGAAUUACAUGUACUCAUAAUCAAAAUAUAAUAAAUCAGAAAUAAGUGGAUGGGAAAAACAGCGGGAAUUGCUACUGAGCAAUAUUUUCGUAGUGCACACAUUUUACAACUUGAAAACAAUCUUGGUGAUGUAUUAACAUGUAUAAGCAUUUCGUAGAUGUACAGGACGCCACAACUGGAUUGGUAGAAGACAUAAUUUGCCAUUUCUUUUCUCGAUGUGAAUUUCAGUGUUGUAUUGAUUGAUAGGGAAAAAGGAGGGCAGUAUUGAAUAGUUGAACCCAGAGCUGUGUUUAGAGAGAGUUGUGACAUGAGUGUCGCCAUUGCUGGAAACAAACUGUCAGAUGUAUGCACCUGCGCAUUUGAACAGUUGGUACACAGUAGCCACAUGUAACACAUAAUGACCAGCCAUUUUGUUUCCAAAAUCUGAAGCUGGUACUACUCUUUACUAUAUACAGAUCUGGUCAAGCCAUUAAUGUUUCCUUGCUUCCCAGCCAAACCAAUUUCCUUUUUUUUAUAGCAUUCAUUUAGCCUGAUCUAGUAUGCGAAUGAUUCAGUAGCAUUACGGGUGGGAAAUUCACAAAUGAUUCUUUAGAAACUCUGUAGAAGUUCUUUUUUUUUUUUAAUCACCACAUUUUAACUGGCCGUUCUAAAUUUAAUUUUGUUCAAAUUCAUGCAUUCAUAAAUAUUAUAGGAAAAUUUAACUUAGUUUUUUGACUUAAUUUGUUAAUGACAGUAUACAAUGAGCAGAUGAAACUGUAAGCAUUAUGAGUUACAGGAAUUUCAACCCUGUGAGUUCCUCAUGAAAACAAAGAAAAGCAUGAAAAUGUCAAAUACUUGUUUUGCUGAAUUUAGCCACAUUUACUGAUGUAGAGAUACUUUUUCAAAGAUAUAUUUAGAAAAGCAUGCCUUUCCUUUGAAAAUGUGUAAAACUGACAGUAAAUGAGUUUGCAUUGCAAACGCUUCCAUUGUCUGUGAUUAAAAUAAGUCUGAAUCGUUAA